AUGUCGAGCGGCGACGAGGCGUCGUCGAGCUCGGUCGACGCGGAGUGUCCGCUCGAGACGCUGCUGGAUCCGAAACUCACGGGCGCGGUGACGAAGGCGUCGGUGAUCGAGCUGCUGCGGGACGCGAGCGCGAGGGCGCUGUCGGAGACGAGCGACCGGUGCGCGUGCUCGAGGCGAGGGUGCGCGUAUAAGAAGAUGGUGGAUUGCGAUGAAUUGUGGUGGCCGAGGUACGCGGAGGCGUGGUACGAGCCCGGGAUGGCGCCGGCGUUUCCGGGGAAGGCGCCGAAGGAUAAGAAGAGCUGGAAGAACGCGUACCUGGCGGCGAAGCCGGAGGACGGGCCGACGGCGGAGGAAGUGGCGAGACGGGAGGCGAAGGUGAAGAAGAGAGAGGAGAUGCUGGCGAGGUGGAAGGAAGAGAAUUUGGCGGGGAGUGGGGCGCUGCGUGGACGGGCGGCCGGGGUCGGGGACGUGGUGGCGCCGGUGGAUUUGAGCGAUAAGGAGGCGAUGCGGGCGUUUUACAAAUCCGUGCGAGCGAAGCCAAAGGGGAAGUCGGCGCGCGGCUCGCACGCGCCCGUCUUCGGCGCCGAUUGA